UUUCCUCAAUGCAACGCUAUCUCCCAAUUUGUUGUGUCUGUGAAACUAGAAGUAGGAUGCUUAAAAUCUUGGGUAUCUACAUCUGCCGCGUGUGUUAUGGAGAAGUGGAGACAUUGAGGAAAAAUAAAUUUCGCAGUAAAAGAUCAAAGAACAGUCCAGUCUGUGACAAAAAUGUAAGUGUUCAGGUUACCAAUGAUCAACACUGUCCCUCAAGUUAUAAAAUUCAAUCGACCAACACAAUGUCAUCUACGAGGCCGAAUAAGACCGACCAAUGCAUAUCACCAAUUACACGACCAAAUACUGCUCUCAAUCCUAUCAUCUACACAAGUGACCAACACUCGCUCCCCACCAUGUCGACCAAUACGAAUGACCAACACUCUUACCGCACCACGUUACCAAAAACGAUUGACCAAAACUCGCUCCCCACUGCAUCACCAAAUACGCCUGACGUCAACAAACACGAAUCGCUCGUCUGUGUAUCUGACAUCAAUAAAAUUGCCUCAUAUCGUGAAUUCGGAAUAAAGGAAAUAUAGUAAAUAAAAACGCACGAAAAUUAAAGCUUAAUGAAGCAAAAAUUUAACCAUUUUUUUCUCUCUAAGUAA